AUGAGCGAGUUGGUCACUGAUUCCGACUCGCAGCAACAGGGGAAAAGAGUCAUGACACCCGCCAUCGAAAGCAUGACCGUCAAGGAGGAACGAGCAUGCCUCUCGGAAAUUAGAAGGCUUGGCGCUGAUGCUGACCAUCAGCACAUUCUAUCGAACGGAUGGACAACGGGUAAGUUUGCACUAAUGUACGUGACGGGGCAGCACGUGAAGCGUAAAACUAAAACCAAAAAUCAAGUAGAGAGUGCUCAAGAAAAGUUGAGAAUGAUAUGA